CACAACUCAUAUAUAUAUGCUAUAUACUUCCCAAACUUAUAACCACUUAAUAACGAGAUCUAAAAAGAAAACCGUUAAGAAAAAAAAUAUUGAAAAUGGAGUUUCAAACUACCUUAUUUUCUGAAAACCAAAGUCAAGACUCUUCUUCAACAACAUCAUGGAGCUCACAAGAAUCAUUCUUGUGGGAAGAUAGUUUCUUACAUCAAUCAUUUAGCCCUUCCUACUACUUUGAUGACUUCUCCACAUUUGAAUCAUCAAUCGUCAAAGAAGAAGAAGAUGCCACCGUACCGGUCAAGCAGCAGGAGGAGGAGGAGAGGUCAUACAGAGGAGUGAGGAAGAGGCCGUGGGGGAAAUACGCAGCCGAGAUAAGAGACUCAACGAGGAAAGGGAUAAGAGUGUGGCUCGGUACGUUCGACACUGCGGAAGAGGCGGCUCUCGCUUAUGAUCAGGCUGCUUUCGCUUUGAAAGGCGAUCUUGCCGUACUCAACUUCCCUGUAGAAGUUGUUAAGGAGACUCUGUGGAACAUGGAGAAUGUCAAUUUCAACGACGGAGAGUCUCCGGUGAUAGCUUUGAAGAGAAAACACUCCAUGAGAAACCGGCCUAGAGGAAAGAAGAAGUCUUCUCCUUCUUCUUCCUUGUCUUCCACUUCUUCUUCCUCGUACUCUUCUUCUUCCUCUUCGUCUUCUUCUUUGUCAUCAAGAAGUAGAAAACAGAGUGUUGUUACGAAUCAAGAAAGUGAUACAUCGGUUGUGGUUUUUGAGGAUUUGGGUGCUGAAUACUUAGAAGAGCUUAUGAUAUUAUGUUCAUGAAUCUGUACUUCCACAAUUUCAUGAAAUUUGAGUGAACUCUUUUUUUUUUUAAUAUAGUUUAUUGUUUAUCCGAUUAAUAAGUUUUGGAAGAUAUGUGAUGGCGAUGUUGGAAGUGUAUCGACAGUAUGUAAAUCACUCUACCUUAUUGCUUAUAAUUUCUUAAUAUUUUUUAAUGAGUUCUAAAACUGUAUGUAUGAUUA